AUGUUUAUCAGUGCUGUCAAAGAGAACGAAGACGUGUAUUCAUUGUAUACUUUUGAGGAAACAUUCGACAUGUUAAGAGACGAAAAGGAUCUCCUACCAGAUUUCUCGCUUUUGACUGAUGUCAGUGAAGAUAUGGAUGAAACUAUUGGCGGGUGCCGAAAAGAUCCAGACUUUUACGAUGAGUUUAUGGACUGUCAAAAUGUUGAUAAUUUUACCAAAACAACCAUUGACACCAACGGGCUUGGGAUAUGCAGUACAAUUGAUGUUGCUUCUACAAGUGUUGAUAAGGAAACGCCUCAAAACAUAGCUCCCCCGUCAGAAACAGGGAACUUUACACACGACGAAAAGACAGUAGCUGCAGUAUUAGCCAGUCUCGAGUCUAAAAGUAUGACACCACUGAUUAAGGAAGGAUUGAGGUCCAUUAUCCAAACCAAACGAUUGAAAGAAGGGAAACAAGAGUUGGAAGUUAGAUUCACACCAUAUGUAAAACGAGAGCCACAGACGGAAGACGAAAUAAAUAGAGCCAUGAAACGAAAGGAACAAAAUAAAAUGGCUGCAAGACGAUUCAGGCAGAGGCAGAAGGACUUUGGUGAUCGUUUUAUGAAGAAAAUAAAGAAAAUAGAAGCAGCAAACACUGUCUUAAGAAAAGAGAUUCAACAGUUACAGAAUGAUAAAUCAGAAUUAAGCCUCAUUCUUCAAAACCAUUUGUCAGUUUGUCAUUACCAACCAGACGUUUCUUUACCAUGACAUGAUCACUGCCUCAUAGGCCUAUACUAAUCUGAAAAUGGAUGAAAAAAACCAUAAAACAGAAAUGCCAAAAAUAUCGAAAAAUAGUUCGUCAAGAACUACUAAACCGAUGUGACGAAAUAGAUCGAUGUGACGGAUGAACGAUCUUCCCGGUGUUAUAUACUUUAGGGUUUCUGAGCAACUUAUCUAUAAGGGGUGGUUAGGCGUAACAGAAAAAGUUUCUAGUAGUCUUUGUGCUCUAUGUUCUCUUUGUACCUGAUAUAUAUAUAACAGUUUUCUUAUGAUUUCUAUACCUGAAGUCAUAGUAUUAUGUGCCAAGAUCUGAAAUAUAUUGCAGAAUGGAUCGUAUCGGAGUUGAUGCGAUCGGAAGUGAAUCCUUGUUCCAUCAUUUACUUGCUUAGAGUGAGGUUAUGAUGUGCAGAAAAAACUCAUAUGAAGCAUUUUCAUGUUAAACAUAUUAUAAAUGGUACUGCCAAUACAC